UUCGUCUGAUUUAGCAAGACAAGACAUGAACAAAAAAAAAUCGUUAUCUACUGUAGUAUAGUAAGAGCAGGAUUGUCAACAGCAUGCUUGUACACAUGUAGCACGGACCCUGAGAUAACAAGGGUUUGUUUCAAGCAGUAGUCAUGGAAACUGAAGAAGACCAUACGAGCGAAGAAUUGCCCAAGGUAUUCAACGAUCCUAUUCACGGACAUAUAGAAUUACACCCAUUAUGUAUCAAAAUUAUAGACACGCCUCAAUUUCAACGUCUGAGAAACAUAAAACAGCUUGGCACGUGUUAUCUGGUGUACCCUGGUGCUAGUCAUAAUAGAUUUGAACAUUCAUUAGGUGUGUGUCAUCUUGCUGGAAAACUGCUGCGAGCAAUAAAAGAACGUCAACCAGAUGUAGGCAUAACUGACAAAGAUAUUCUUUGUGUUGAAAUUGCUGGACUCUGUCAUGAUCUUGGACAUGGACCUUUUUCACAUUUGUUUGAUCAAAAGUUUAUACCGACUGUGAGGAAAGGAUGUAAGUGGAAGCACGAGAAAGCAUCUGUUGAUAUGUUUGACUAUAUGUUAAGGGACAAUGACAGGAGACUGGAAAAACAUUUCCAGCGACUAAUGAUGGAUUUUAAAGAAGUUGAUUUAAUAUUUAUUAAAGAACUUAUUGAUGUUCCUGCAGCAAUCGACAAUGGGAGAUGGCCCUAUCGUGGGAGAGGAAGGGAUAAAAGCUUUUUGUACGAGAUUGUAGCAAAUAAAACCAACGGUAUUGACGUGGACAAAUGGGAUUACUUUGCGAGAGACUGCUUCAUGCUAGGGAUGAAAAAUUCAUUCGAUCACACCCGGUGUAUAACAAGUGCCCGAGUGCUAGAGGCCGAUGGAAGGCUGCAAAUAUGUUACAGAGAUAAAGAGGCUCAUGAUUUAUACGAUAUGUUCCACACGAGAAUGACCCUUCAUAGGAAGGCAUAUCAACACAAAACACAUAAUAUCAUAGGAAAAAUGAUGUGUGACGCUUUGGUUGCAGCAGACGAGUUUCUAAUAUUUGAAGGCGAAAAUGGUGAUAAGUUAAGCAUGUCGACAGCGAUAGAUGAUAUGAAAGCAUACUGUCAACUGACGGAUACAGUCAUAAGAACAAUACUACUUUCAUCUGAAGAAAAUUUGAAUACGUCUAAAUCUAUUUUGAUGGACAUAAUGAACCGAAAACUCUACAAGUAUGUGGCACAAACACAAGGAAAGGCUACAGGUAAUGGAAAUAUAAAUGAUCCUGAACACAUUAAAGAAUAUUUAUUGAAGUUUAAAAAUGAAAACGACGAGAUGUUGGAGAACUUUGAUGUUAAAAAGCUUGAUUUGGAGAUUGAUAUAGUGAAACUUGAUUAUGGCAUGAAGACAAACGACCCAAUAUCCAAAGUAAGAUUCUACAGUAAAAUAGAUGAAAAUAAAGCAGUGGCCAUAGCAAAAUCACAGAUUUCACAUUUUUUACCAGAAACGUUUGCUGAACAGAGUAUACGUUUAUAUUGCAAAAAUAAUUCACCUGACGUGAUUCAUUUUGUUAGAGAAGCGUUUUCAGCUUGGUGCUCACAAAAUAAUUUACCAAAACCAAAGGGUGAAGAAGAUGGUGAAUAAAGUGUCCCAUUGUCCUGUGUAACAUCAACACGAAAUGGUUUUGAUAUAUACGAAAUUAUUGCAUACAGAGCAGCAAAUUCAAUAUAUGUAUAUCAUAAAGAAUUA